AUGCUUUACGUGUUUGAAUACAUUUAUGAAAACUAUCGCAUAAUAACACUACCAAAUGAUUGGAGGGUCUGGCUCAUAUCCCUACUGGUCAUGGAGUUUAUGUUUUAUUGCGCUCAUAGACUACUACAUGAAGUGAAUUUUUUGUGGGCCAGUCACCAGUACCACCACAGUUGUAAGCACUUUAAUAUUGGUACGGCUGUUAGGUUAUCGUGGUUUGAGUUGAAUAUUGUUUAUUAUUACACAUCACUGUUGGCUAUGGCUAUCCCGCCGCCAAUUAUGAUAACCCACAUGCAGUACAUGUUUCUAUACCAGGCGUGGCUGCACACCGACACUAUCGGCAAACUCGGAUUCCUUGAGUAUGUGUUCAACACUCCGAGCCAUCAUCGCGUACAUCACGUUAUAUUUGAAUUGUGUUUUGAGGACCGGGAUGGAGGCCAGGAGCCCCUCGAUUGGGGUAUAUGGAAGAGAUACCAGAUGCAGUCGAUGAGGACAUACCCCGCUUAG